AUGGCUAUCUUCAGAAAAUUUAUUGAGGUCGCUUUGAUACUGGCAAUCUGUCUCUUCGUUUUACCUGACGCAAUGCCAAUGCCUAAUCCAGGUGAUGUUACCCACAACGGCAACCUCGCAAUGCCAAUGCCUAAUCCAGGCACUAGUAAUGCUUUAAAGAUCAUGUAA